AUGAUGGACAGCGACUGGUACUCGUCGUUUGUGCCCAGCGCCUCGGCCUCGUCUGAAAAGACUCCGGGCCAUCGGCGGCGAGCUUCCCUCUUGCAACAGCCACAUGAAGCGACACAGGCUGAUGACCCUUCAGACCAAUUGCCCUCUCUGGACGAAGAAGACGACAAUUCAUUGAUCAAGGGUCCUCCGAAAGCGACACUUGUCAAAAGAGCUCUCUCAUAUACCCACCUCCGUCCUGCCCAUCAACUUUCGCAUACCACCCGUCCCUCUACUCUAUUGCGCAAGAACAGCCUGUCUUCGGCCCCUAAGCCCAAAGAUGUCCUGCGAUCGAACCUUGACUUCGCAACUUGGUACGAUGCUCUGGAGGACGACCUCCUGGAUGCCAGCCACCAUGACUACGACCUAUACUACGAUCAGCUGAACCUGUCGCAACAUCACCUCGACUCGCUAGCUCAGAGUACCAAUGACGCCCUGACUGUCCUGUCCUCCCUGUCCGACUCAUUCAAGGCUGUGGACGACCAGACGACUGCCUUCCACGCUCAAUGCGAGUCACUCAUAACCGAGCAACGUCGCAUCACCAGCCUGGCCGAGGACAUGAACCAUAACCUCCAAUACUACGCCUAUCUCGAGCCUAUGACCCGUAGGCUGAAUGCUCCUGGUGCUGCCAACCUCGUCCGCGCANAAGAAUUCCCCGACAUGCUCAAGAACCUUGACCAAUGCCUCGACUAUAUGCAAGCCCAUGUAUGUCCCGUUGUUCUACGCUGUCAGACCGUUACUAACGUUCCAAGCNCUACCCACCGUGAAGCUCCUACUUAUCGUUCGCGCUACCGUCUCCUGCUUACUCGCGCCCUGACUCUCAUCCGAGUACAUUUCACAAACUCUCUACGAGCACUGGCCGCAGAUGCCUCACAACGAAUCGCCGAUCGCCAGCUCAACGACACCACCCAAACCGCUCUGCUCUAUGCAAAAUUCCGUGUCGACGCUCCUGAACUGAAACAACUCGGUCUAGAAAUACAAAAGCGUGCUGUUCUGCCUUCAGGUGCCGACCAAGGAGGCGAGGCCGAGUAUCAAAGUCUCAUGAAUGAGCUGUAUCAGAGUUACUCAGCCACCCGAGGCCGCCUAAUGUUCCCCAUCAUAUCUCGUAAGCUCACUGAGAUGGCUACGGUUGAUAACGCAGUCGGUGAUUCGGUCACCUUUGCGAAAACUGCCAUCGGCUUUGUGAGAGGUAUAUGUCUUGAUGAGUACGAUCUCUGGGGUGACUGGUUUUCUGGAGAUGGAGGUGUAUACGAGUUCCUCGAGGCCAUGUGUGAGCCUUUAUACGACCAUCUCCGCCCUAGAAUCAUUCGCGAAACUCGCAUUCCCAAGCUAUGCGAGCUUUGUACCUUCAUCCAAACUCGAUUCAUGGUUGACGAAGAAGACGAUGACAUGGAGUAUCCAGACGUCGGUAACACAAAGAGAAGCCUGGAUUUUGCUGCUCUAGUCAAACCUGCAUUAGAAGAUGCCCAAAGUCGACUCGUCUUCCUUGCGUUGGCUGUUCUUAGGGACGAUAUUGAGAACUACCGACCAAAGCCUGAAGAUCUCGACUACCCAUCACAAGCUCGUGGUCCAUCAACAACAACCGCUGACGGGAAACGAGUGGCUCUUUCUGGCCGCAAAAACUCAUCCAAUACUGUUCAGGUCAAAUCGCCUGGCGAAGAAGACGAUGGCAUCGAUAUGUUCGAAUCAUCUUGGUCCAACAACGAGAAACAGGCCAUGGUCUGGUAUCCAACGCUGCGUAAAGCAAUCUGGCUUCUGAGCCGUAUCUACCGUUUGGUCAAUGUAANNUCCACCGUCUUUGACGACUUGGCGCACAACAUCGUUCACAGCACUACUGUUUCCCUAGCAUGGGCGGCAUCUCAGAUAGCAACAAAGUCAUCGCCUGCCGACGCCAACCUGUUCCUGAUCGCUCAUUUGUUGCGACUUAAGCAACAGAUCGUAGCAUUUGAUAUCGAGUUCAUCACGCCUGAAGUAACAUUUGACUUCUCAUCCGUCACCAACACAUUCUAUGAGCUUCGCGAGCGCGGAGGAUUGUGGAAUCCGGCCAGUUGGGUAAAGCUCGCUGCUGGAGGGUUAAUGCCACGAGUAGUGGAAAACAUGCUCGACGCCAAAGCAGAACUUGACGGACGGCUACGAGCAGUGAUCAAUGAUUUUGUCAACAGCUUCGUGAGCCCGGUCACAACAUUACUCACAUCGCCAAAGAAAGAUUCAGGGUCAGAGGCCAGUCGGAUCACGGCUGAAGUUCGUACUAUCACGCAAAAGGAAGUGGUAUCUCUGCGACAGAAACUGGACGAGUAUAUCCAGGAUGUAAGGACGAGAGAAACACUUGUGGCCGCAGUGCGGGAUCAAGUCAUCCUAGCCUACGAGGAUUGGAUGGACAAGCUGAGUGAAGGCAAAGGCGCAUCCAAAAUCGGCAAGGUCAGCAAGAAAGGAAAGGGUCGAGAAGACGAGGUCUGGUCCAGCGAGGUAUUUGCCGAGUGGUGCGAGCGGGUGUUCGCAGUGGGAGUCACGAGUGACGAAGACUCGACAGAAACAUGA